AUGAGAGUUCCUGAUGUGAUAGCCCUUGCAGGGCUUUUAGCGGUCUCAGGGGCUACAUCCUCUGGCCAGGAGACCCUACUCAUGCCCAGGAAGCAGGCCACGCAGCCAAACGUGCUGUUCAUCAUGUCCGACGACCAAGAUCUGGAAUUGAAUUCCCCGGCCUUCACACCGUAUAUCCAGAAACAUAUCCGAGACAAGGGCGUCGAAUUCACCAAUCACUUCGUGACAACCUCGCUCUGCUGUCCGUCGCGGGUCAGUUUGUGGACAGGACGGCAGGCUCACAACACCAAUGUCACAGAUGUCUCGCCACCAUGGGGAGGUUAUCCCAAGUUCGUGUCACAGGGUUUCAAUGAGGCCUGGCUUCCCGUGUGGCUGCAGGAAGCCGGCUACAACACCUACUACACGGGCAAACUCAUGAACGGCCACACGACUAGUAACUACAACUCCCCCUUCCCUAAAGGGUGGAACGGAUCAGACUUUCUGCUUGAUCCGUACACCUAUGCAUACCUCAACUCCACUUACCAGAGGAAUCGCGAGCCCCCCAAGAACUAUGCGGGCCAAUAUACGACAGACGUCAUCACAGAGAAGGCCCUGGGCUUCCUCAACGACGCGCUCAGCAGUGAUCGGCCAUUUUUCCUGGCUGUGGCCCCCAUCGCGCCGCAUUCCAACAUUGAGCCGAGUGCGCUGGGCACUGGGGGCGCAAAGGGUACGCUGAUGACCGCUCCCAUUCCGGCUGAGCGACACAAGGAUCUCUUUCCCGAUGCCAAGGUGCCGCGGACGGCGAAUUUCAACCCCAAGGUGCCUACCGGAGGCGGGUGGGUGCAGCACCUCCCGCUGGCUAAUCAGACCGUCAUUGACUACCAGGAUCACUUCUACCGCCAACGAUUGCGCGCGCUGCAGGCGCUGGAUGAGAUGGUGGAUGCUCUCAUCACGCGUCUCGAAGAGAGUGGUCACGCCGAAAACACGUAUAUCAUCUACACGGCGGACAAUGGCUUCCACAUUGGCCAGCACCGGUUGCCGCCUGGUAAGUCCUCGGGCUACGAGGAGGACAUCCAUGUUCCCUUCUACAUCCGCGGACCAGGCAUCCCCCGAGGAAAAACCGACGACUCGGUGACCACGCACAUUGAUCUGGCGCCGACCUUCUUCCAGCUUGCGGGGAUCCCCCUGCGCGAGGACUUUGACGGGACUCCAAUGCCAGUCGCAAAGGGGAUAAAGGGCAUCGCCCACGAACAUGUUGCAGUCGAAUUCUGGGGGAAAUCGCCGCUGGAGGGAGACUACGGUGCCUUGGGUGAGUUAGCAAGCCCCUUCCUGAAUUCAUCACUGACGGCGACAGCACCUGGCGGUUCGUUCUCCAUGCCCAACAACACGUACAAAUCCGCGCGCAUCGUUGGCAACGGGUACAGUCUGUACUACUCGGUCUGGUGCAACGACGACCACGAGCUGUACGAUAUGAUCCAAGACCCCUACCAGGUCAACAAUCUCUAUGCCACUGCCAAUGCGACGAGUCCCCGUCUCCUCGGCCGCGAUCUGUCCAACGUGAUCAGCCGUUUGGACGCACUACUGAUGGUUCUCAAAUCAUGCAAGGGUGAUUCCUGCAUCACGCCGUGGGACGUGAUCCAUCCAGAUGGCUCGGUGAAGGAUCUACGGGAUGCUCUGGACCCAAAGUAUGAUCAAUUCUACCGUGCACAGCCCAAGGUCUCGUACUCGGCCUGUGAGAAAGGAUAUAUUCUCAGUUCGGAGGGACCGCAGAAUGGAUUGGUCUAUCGUGACGGUUUGAGUUGGGAGGCCUGGACAUGA